AUCUUUUGCUGUAUUAAAGCAACUUUCCGAAAGCUGACAGAAAGGUCAUUCAGCAAAGCCUUUUCAUGGCUGGUAUACGUUUUUACUAUUCAAAUUAGUACAGCAGCCAGAACAUGUAAAAAACAUGUAACGUGAAAAUGCAUUACUGUAUAUAUUUAGAGCGUUUCCCAUCUACUCUCCAGAACAGAAGGUAAAGACAUCAGUGGACAGAGGAGUGAGGACAGAGAGGAAACCAGGAUUAAGGUAUAUAAGUCCAGUCGAACAGAGAAAGUGGAAACAUGCAGCUGAGUCUGUUUCUACUCAACCUGGUUGGUCAAUGUUGUUUCACCACAUGUCUCCUCUAUGAGUAUCGCUAUAUUAAUGAUAAGAUGACGUGGUCCACAGCCCAGCAGUACUGCAGGAAGAAAUACACUGACCUGGCCACAGUGGCAAACAUGACAGACAUGAAGAGACUCUAUAAAUCCACCAUGAUGCAGGGCGGCGAAGCGUGGAUUGGUCUGUACAAAGAUGUAACGUGGACCUGGCACUGGUCUCUGCCUGGUGUGGAGUUCAAUGACAAUAUGACAAACUGGCAACAAGGAGAAGGAAAUGUAACAGGAACUGAGAACUGUGGGUUUAUAAAUAAAGUUUUCAAGUGGGGAGAUGAUCCUUGUGUAGGAAAGGACCAUUUUUUUCUCUGUUUUAAUGAAAGCAAUCCAUCUCAGAAAAUCUAUUUGAUUGAAGAAAAUAAAGCCUGGUGGGAAGCUCAGAGAUAUUGUAGAGAGAAACACACAGACCUGGUCGGUGGAGUAGACCAGCUACAACAUGAAAAACUGAAGAGACUGGUGAACAGCAGUGACAAUAAUAUUUUUUAUAUCGGCCUGUUCAAAGACAGCUGGAGAUGGUCUGAUGGGAGCAGUUUUUCUUUCAGACAGUGGAGCGUGUCAAUCACAGAUCCUCAGAGCCAAACCACAGACCAAUGUGCCGUGAUGGUGAAAGACUCAGAAAGAUGGAACAGUCAUGACUGUGAUGAGAAAAAACCCUUCUUCUGUUAUGAUGAUAAAGUGAUCCUUAUCCGUCAACAGAUGAACUGGGAGAAUGCCUUAUACUACUGCAGGGAACACCACCGUGAUCUGGUCACCAUCACUAACCUGGAUGAGCAGAGAUGGGUCCAGGAGAAAGCCAAGAACGCCUCAACUCCAUAUGUCUGGACGGGACUGCGCUACACCUGCACUCUGGAUUUCUGGUUCUGGGUCAGUAAUCAGGCGGUCACCUAUAAGAACUGGGCCUCAGGUCAAGAUGGGAAUGACUGUGACAUGUCUGGAGCCAUGGAGACAGGAGGAGAGCAUAAGUGGUUCAAAAUAAAUGACAACAAUAAGAUGAAUUUCAUCUGUUCUAAAUCUUAAACGUCUUUACUGAUCUUGAAGAAACCUGCAUUUGCUGUAAUGUGAUUGGUUAGUCUUAUGUUGUCAAUAUAAUGAGUUCCCUUUAAUCACCUAUGUUGUUGUUAUUACUGAACCUAGUGCUGUAUCGACCUCCUCUGGCUCGAUUAACAAAAAAAGAAAAAAAAUAAAUAAAUAAAAUAAAUCUUUAUGUUUAAAUCUAAUGCAUGUCAUAUUUUACUUAACCAGCCUGGUUUAAACGUGUCUGACCUGAUGAAAUUAUCUAAGAGAAUAGAGGACAGUAACUGCUUUCUUUUUUAUGUUUUGGGCCCAGAAUAAAUCUAUGCUUUGUUCAUACAAUAUAAACCUUGCAGGGUUUAGAUCCAAGGAUUCAGGUCAACUAGUCCAGACCAGAGUCCAGACUAAACAUGGAGAAGCAGCAUUUAGCUGUUAUGCUGCAACAAAUUAUUAGUGGAGAUUAAACUUUCAGCAAGUGUAGACACUUUUAAAUUCAGAUUAAAAAUGUGUUUUUUUUUUCUUUUUAUCCAGAUUUAAAUUCAGAAAACUUUAUUAGUCCCUAAAGGGCAAUUCAUUUCAUGCAUCUGUGUAUAUCUGCAUGGGGUCCGUUACCUUUUCUAGACUAAUGUGUUUUCUUUUAAUCAUUUUGAUAUACAUGUUUUAUACAUUUUUCAUAUUUUAUCAUGUGUUAUGUACAUCAGUAUAAUUGUGUUUUAACAUGAUUUUUAAUGGUUUAAGGGCUGUUUGUACUUCUGUUUAUAUAUCCUUUC